AGGGUGAGGCGACAGCUGCCAUUCCCUGCGUUCCUGUCCACUCAGCUGUUCCAAGUCCGAUAAGCGAGUCAUUAAUAGCUGGGUGAGUGCGGGGGUUGGAGCCGAGAGCCCAGAAGACCCAGACACUCGGAUCUGAGCGAGCACCUCGGCAGCAUGUCCAAACCGCAGCUGAUCCAGGGUUUGCAGAAGGACCUCACGUGCCAGCUUUGCCUGGAGCUCUUCCGAUCGCCGAUUACGCCUGAAUGCGGUCAUACCUUCUGCCAAAGCUGCUUGACUGAGGCCCCCAAGGGCCAAGACGAGAAUGGGUACACCUUGUGCCCUACCUGCCAGGCUCCCUCCCGUCCGGAGACCCUUCACAUUAACCGUCAGUUGGAGCACCUGGUAGAGAGCUUCAAGAAGGUCCCGCAGGGCCACUGCUUGGAGCAUCUGGACCCUCUGAGUGUCUUCUGUGAGCAGGACAAGGAGCUGAUCUGCGGCGUGUGCGCGUCACUCGGCAAACACAAGGGACACAACAUCAUCACAGCCGCCGAGGCCUACGGCAAGAUGAUGAGGCAGCUUCCUCAACAGCAAGUUCUACUGCAGGAGGCUCGUUUGAGAAAGGAGAAGACAGUGGCCCUGUUGGACAGGCAGGUGGCAGAAGUGCAGGACACGGUGUCUCGUUUUAAGAACAGCGUGAGGGAGCAGCUGAACAUCAUGCGUACCUACCUUAACGUGAUGGAGUCCUCACUGGGUCGGGAGGCAGACAAGGCUGAGAAGAAGGCCACCGCGGCCCUGCUGGGGGAGAGGAAGAGCAUGGCCCACUAUCUGGAACAACUGAAGCAGAUGGAGGGCGUCCUCAAAGAAGUGGAAGGCCAGGAACAGACCGAGUUCCUACGGAAAUUCACCGUUGUGGCAGCCAGGUUGAACAAGAUAUUGUCCGAGUCUCCCCCUCCCGGCCGCCUGGACAUCCAGCUUCCUAUUAUUUCCGACGAAUUCAAGUUCCAAGUUUGGCGGAAAAUGUUCAGAGCGCUGAUGCCAGCUCUGGAAAAACUCACUUUGGAUCCAGAAACAGCCCAGCAGAACUUGGUGAUCUCCGAAGAUGGAAAAUCGGUCGAAUGCUCCGACCACAAGCAGCCCGUGUCCGACGACCCGGCUCGGUUCGACAAGAGCAACUGCUUGGUGACCAAAGAAAGCUUCACCGAAGGAGAGCAUUACUGGGAGGUGGUGGUGGAGGACAAACCAAGGUGGUCACUGGGCGUUAUUUCAGAAACCGCCAACCGAAAGGGAAAGCUUCACGCCUGUCCCUCCAACGGCUUCUGGCUUCUGGGCUGCAAAGAUGGAAAGGUCUACGAGGCCCACGCAGAACAGAAGGAGCCGCGGAUCCUUCGCGUGGACGGCCGGCCUGAGAAGAUCGGAAUCUACGUCAGUUUCUCCGACGGGGUCGUGUCCUUCUUUGAUUCAGACGACGAGGACAACGUGAAACUGCUGUAUACCUUCCACGAGCGCUUCUCCGGGAGGCUCUACCCGUUCUUUGAUGUCUGUUGGCACGACAAGGGAAAGAACGCUCAACCACUGAAGAUUUACGUCCCUCCAUCUGGAGAGCCAUGAGCUGCCCCGGGAGGUACGCGCCGGCGAGAAGAGGGCAGCUUCUUCAUAAAGGAAGGUGGUGGGUUCCAUGAAACGGCAUCCUAUGUCUCCACAAUCUUAUAAAGUUGAUGCUCCGAGGGCAAUUCAAAGCAUUGGCAGAUACUCAGGAUCAUUAUAUAGCGUGGCAUGUUAACAGGUACACUUCACAGCGGGGUUUGCUGCUUUAACAUCAGAUCAGGGGGAUCAAGAGCGCCGGAAUCCUACUAUUAUUCACAAUAAAAAGCAGCUGAACCAA